GGACUUCCCCUUUCACCUGGCCGCCCUGUUGGGUCGCCUUACUUCCGGGUUCACUCGGCAAGCCCUUCGGUGUGCUUCUUGUGGUGAUCUUCAGAGGACAGUGGGAGGGUGUCAACCUUACUUACAGAACCAAGAUGGCGGCCGAGCGGACGGUGUUGGUGUCAUCCAUCCCUGCGGACCUGACAGGAGACAAGAUAGAGAUCCACUUCGGUAAGAAGAGUACCGGCGGAGGGGACAUCGAGAAGGUCGACUUCCAGGCCAAGGUCACGUUCUAUUCUGCUGAGGUUGCUACACGUGUGGUGAAUCGCUCGCACCGGCUGGGGAAACAGUCUGCCACGGUGAAGGUGGAACCGCUGGCGGGAGCAGAGGGUGGCAGUCAGGAGAGACGGAAAGGCGGUAGAAUCGCAAAACAGGUGUUUGCCUCAGUAGCCGCCGUGGUGACCCCUGCAGAGGUCCCUGACCUGGCCGAGUGUCCGGAGGAGAUCAUGGCCGCCCUGUCCGCACAGACAGGCGUCACGUGGGUCCCCGAGCCGGGCGGGUACAGGCUACAGGGCACCUGGGGACAGGUGGAGAACGCGAGAUGCCUUCUUCAACGAAGGUAUUGCAGAGACGACGAAACCAACGAGACAGUGGAGAGCGGGCAGCAGAGGGACAGAAAUGAUGUCGAAGAGCCGGACAACAAGACUGACCCAGCCCGCGCCAGCCCUGGAGAUGCGGCGCUGACUGCAGUAAAGAUGGCCUGGGGAUCGGGACGGCAAAACUUCACCACAUCCUCUGACACAACGCGAAACGUAACGCCACACGUCGCACGUCAGACGCGACCUUUAGCUGACCGUGACCAUGCAGCUGGGAUACGCUCGGCGGAUCCGAACAGCACAACCAGAAAACAAAACGUGUUGCCUGUAGACGCCGCCGAGCCGGAGGCUGACUUGGAAGCAUCAACGAAAGUGGCGACAGCGGGAACACAGCAGUCUACCAGAUCUGACGUAGUCCUGGAAGUUCCACUGACAUCUGAUGAGUCGUCAGACAGUGACCUGAGCGAUGAAUGGGAAACAAGAGGAUCGCCUUCUCACCUUACGACAGCAAGAAGGGGAUCCUUGCCAGACACAAGUGCUGAAGCUUCCGCGGUCAAAGAGAAUGAAGCACCACCAAGCGGGCUAAUCAAAACUACACCACAUGCCGGUAUGCCUAAAGCGAAAGCGCGUCCAAUGACACCGGGUGAAUCGGCUGAAGAGUCCGAUGAUGUGAGGCGGCAUGUCACAACAUCGGCAGCAAAACACGUCACCGUGGACCCUGACAUCAUGGCAUACAUUGUCCACAAGCACAAGGACAAAUUGACCGCUAUUGAAGAUAAGUUCAAAGUCAUGAUUAAGAUGGAGAACAGUACAGAUUGUAUUGAUAUCCAGCCUAAGGAACAGUGCUCCCGCCAUGACCUGGAAGAAGCUUAUGAAACUUUCGUAUCGUUGUAUCAAGAGAUGUUUAAGGACGUCCGUCCCCAUCGGGCGAAUCUCGCAGAGGUUCACAUCCCCAUAGAGAGCAUUCGAUUUGUUCUGGAUAUGAUAACGCGAGAACAUGACAAAGUUUUCAUCAAACUGAACGACGGAGAGAAAACGGUCUUAUUCUGUGGCGAAGAAGACAUGGUGAGGAAGGCGAGGGCUAAGUUGUAUGAAGUACUCAGCAUACCUGAUCCAGAUAUCGCACACAGACGGAACAGACGGCGGGCAACGACUACGAAUGCCUCUACACCAGCUGCUAACAAUGCUACCACAAACAAGGAUGCAAACAGAGGACCACAGGCGCAGCUGGUACCAGUGGCAGGUAGUAAGGCUCCUAGUGUUGAUAACAACAACAGCGCUUCCUUCGAAAGCCACACAGGCGUUGAAUCCGACUCCACCGGGAGCGUGCCAGAGAAGAUGGGCACCAGGAAUAGAGAUGUUCGUCCAAAGUCCGUGCGGUCGAAACCCACACAAGGAAGCAACCCUGUUGAUAGCGGACAACCCUUCCAAGAAGAAGCAUAUCGUGGGGACCUGAGCACAGACUCUGGGCCGCCAGGAGGCGCUAAUGGUGACAGGGAAGGUCCGCCCGCAGGUGUGAAGACAUGUCACGUGUCACGGGAUAGACUGGACUUCGUGACGAGAACAGGAGUCAAAGUGCUCAUAUACCAGGGGGACGUCACACAGGAAGUGGCAGAUGUGAUCGUGUCCUGUAAUACCGAGAGUCUGGACAGUGGGAGCGGCAUCGCCAGGGCUAUCAGUGAGGCCGGCGGACCGGAGAUCAGACGUGCCUGUACGGACUACAUCAGGAGGCACGGCCGUCUGUCGGCAGGACAGUCUAUCUGGACUCCCGGAGGGCGCAUGCGCUGUCAGUACGUGGUGCACACCGUGAGUCCGCAGCCGUCACGUGACCAGACCGACCAUCAUCAGCUGUUCUCCGCCUUUCUCGAUCUCCUCAAUAUCGCCGAAUUCGACCUGAAGGUCAACUCCAUCGCCAUACCUGCAAUAGGUUCAGGCUUUCCCACAGCGGUCUGUGCCGACGUCAUGUGUCGCGUCAUUUCUGCGUUCGAAGAUUAUCAGACGCCCGACAGUCUCCUGAAGGAAAUCCGUCUGGUCAACAUUAACGCCAAGACGACGGCUACGUUUGUGGAGGUGUUCUCUCAACACUUCACCGACAUUGGCGUUUCGACAGCUUCGGUGGGUCAAGGACCUGGCUCUGGAGGUGUGCCAGGUGCAAGACCAGGCUCUGCAGGUGUGUCAGGUGCGGGAUCUGGCUCUGCAGGUGUACCAGGUGCAAGACCAAGCUCUGCAGGUGUGCCAGGUGCAAGACCAAGCUCUGUAGGUGUGCCAGGUGCAAGACCAAGCUCUGCAGGUGUGCCAGAUGCAAGACCAAGCUCUGCAGGUGUUCCAGGUGCAAGACCAGGCUCUGCAGGUGUACCAGGUGCAAGACCAAGCUCUGCAGGUGUUCCAGGUGCAAGACCAAGCUUUGUAGGUGUGCCAGGUGCAAGACCAAGCUUUGCAGGUGUGCCAGGUGCAAGACCAGGCUCUGCAGGUGUGUCAGGUGCGGGACCUGGCUCUCCAAGUGUGUCAGGUGCAGGAAACAAAGACGCUCGUUUGUACGUCUUCACUGGAGGAAAGGGGAAAGGAGAGCGUGGCGGGAAAAUGAGGCCUGCGGCUCAGCCAGGAACACACGCGCGUGGUCUUGGCUAUGGCAAGAGCAAACCCAGUUACUCCAGAGUGGGAAACGUGGCAUGUAACUUCAACACUAGGACUGGUGGUGGUUAUGCGCAGAAAUUGGGUGCCAGUCUCGCCGAAGACGAUGAUUCAGAUGAAGUCGAUGAGGACGACAAGUGCCCAAUCUGCCUGGGGAGAGUCAGCGAUCCGCGCACGCUGGACUGUCGGCACACGUUCUGCAAUCCCUGCAUAGACAUGUCCCUCAAGUCCAAACCGGAGUGCCCUGUCUGCAAAAUGCCUACCGAUAACAGGAGAGGUAACCAGCCUGACGGCACCAUGACCCACAGAGUGGACCAGGGCGUCAGGUUACCUGGGUACGAGAGGUACGGGACCAUCGUCAUAGACUACCACAUCCCCGGCGGCAUACAGGGGAAAGACCAUCCCAACCCGGGACAACGCUUCAGCGGGGACAUGCGCACUGCCUACCUACCGGACAGUCCUGAGGGAAGGGAGGUGCUCCGGCUGCUCAGGAGGGCGUUCGACUGUCGGCUCGUCUUUACCGUCGGGACAUCUGUGACGACAGGACAGCCCAACACGCUCGUGUGGAACGACAUUCAGCACAAGACUAACACACACGGAGGACCCAUCAACUAUGGGUAUCCUGAUCCUACAUACCUGCAGCGUGUCAGAGUCGACCUGGCAUCAAAGGGCAUCAAGUAGAAAUAAGGAACAUAUUGUAUAUUUCCAGACAGUACGACAAUGGUUUUGUCAUAUGUUUUGUCAUAUAUAACUAGGAACUACCUACAAUAUGGUUGACUGGGAUGUUUGGUUUUCGUUCAAUAAGCUCUAGUGACACUGAGUGAUAACGGUCAUAAAUCAGUCACGUAUAAAACUGUGGUUUAAUGUAGGUGUUGCUCAAAGCAGAUGUUCAGACGAUCAAGUAAUGAAAACGAUUUUUUGACAUACCCUUUGCUUUUGCGACCAGUGCAAGAUGUGGAAGGCAGGAAAAUAAAGGUGCACGGAGAACUGCCUCAACUCUCCUAUGGUCUAAUAAAAGGCUCAAGAA